AUGGAAAAAGAUGGAAAAAGUCAACUAUUAUUAUUGAAUAUAAUAAAUGGUACAUUAAAAUUUUUAUCAUCAGGCUCUUAUCCAAUUAUUUAUAUUUAUGCAAAUGAAUUAUUUCCAACAAACGUACGAAAUACUGGUAUGGGUAUUUGUUCAAUGGUUGCACGUAUUGGUGCUAUUAUUGGAACUUAUUCUAAUGAUAAUUUAGUAUGA